UAUACUUUCGAACGAGAAAUCUUGUCAAAAACAGAAUGCCAGUCGAUCUGUUCUCUCUUAAGUCAAUUCUGGUACCUGCAAAUACAACUCCAGAAUCGACUCGAGUGUUUGAAUACUUUUCUAAGAACCACGACAGAUGGCUGAAAAUGUUACUCAAGCAUAGCGAAAAUACACUUACGUUGCAAUCCAAUGGUGACGUUACUAUUACAAGUUCGUCAACAGCUGAUGGUUCCAAACCAUCUUCAAAUACAGUACCGUCGUAUAACCUACGUGAUGUGAUACAGAAUACUACUAGGGAUCAUCCUCAAAUGUUUCCAGUGCCACCUAAACUGGGAAGUGAUGAACUAGUUUCACAAUCCACAUCUCACGAAGCCUUACAAGUGGUCAGUCCUCCCACAAUAGAUAUUCACAAUCCCAGAAAACUGAUCCUACACAACAAGGAUUUUAGUUACUUGCGUUCCAAAAUGAAGAACUUGAAAUUGAAUGGUAAAGUGAAGGCUGAACAAACAUCUGUAUCCCCAGAGAAAAUUGACAACGUUCCUACUGCUCAGAAUAGUACAAGUAGGACGUCACAAUACUCAAUGGACCCCAAUCCCAAAUUCUUCAGCUUCAUGGAUCCACUCAAAAAUGGAGGUGUCUCUACGAAAACUGAAGGAUUGACCACAAGAGAAGAUGGCUCGCUCCCCCCAGCAUCAGAAGCUUCAAAAGAACCAAGUAAACUUAAUGAUCUGUUAAGCACCAAGUCCAUACAAGGGCGAGUGAAAGCGGAGCCCAAGAAACCAAGCGUAGUGAGCACAAAUACAGAGAAAACUUCUAAACUGUCAGUACCCGAUACUUCCAAUCCUAAAUCGUCUCACAAAUACAUUCAGCUAACACUGGCUCCAAAACCCAAGAGGUCUGCUUCAGAAGAAGGAUUUUCUUUGUACGGAACUAAAGACGAAGAAGGCCUUUGUACGUAUGAGGGUGAUGAGUAUUCUGAUGACUAUCAAGACGAUUAUGACAUAGAAGAAAUUGAUGAUGAUUUGUACGACGGCCCUAGAGAGCAUCACAUUGAAUUAGAGCUUCAACCUGAAUGUGAUAUACAUGGUGUUGAAGGAUGUGAUUGUCCCAUGUAUGAAGAUGGCUAUGAACAAGAAGAGUCUUAUGAUUUUACAUUUGAGUACAAUAGUGAAGGAAAAUUGGUACCUACAGAGGGCUCAGUCAAGGAAUACUUUCGAGCUCAAGCUAAUGGACUAAGAGCAGAUGGCAGAUUUCAGCCCAGUAAUGGGAAAAUUAUGGAAUUAGAAAAGAAGAAGAAGCAAAAGAAGAAGGCAAAGAAAUCGAAAGAGAAAAGAAAGCCUGUUUUUGAUGCCGAUGCUACUGAUUUCUGCUUACUUUGUGAUUAUGAGGCAUUAUAUGGCAAACCACCAAUCAACUUGAUGAAAUGGGUAGACCAAAAGCUUCAAGAAGAAGAUGAGAAGAGAGAAAGGAUAAAGAAGAAACUACAAGAUGCCAAACUGCAAGCUAUUAAGCGUCAACAAGAAAUGAAUGAGUGAGUACAAUCGAGAUGAAAAAGUCCUCGUACUAAAGCCCUAUAACGAAUAAAUGAUAUAUUAAUGCACAUAUAUAGU